ACAGGAACCCCCAAAAGAUACCUGAUCAGGUCCAGACCAAACACAGAAGGUGGCGUCUUAUGUCUUCGGUACUCCCGGCAUUUUUCUUCAAGCCCUGAAUGUUAACCCCCCCCCCCCGAACUACCCUAUAGCCUUAAUGAUGAAAAUCUGACCAAUCAGAGAGGAGAAAUCCUCCAUGUUUUAUUUGCCGACCCCUCCCCCAAGUUUUGUCUGAUUUCUGAACUUUUGGGCAGUACGGACAGCUAAAACAUUGACAUCCGACAUUUUUUUGUGAAAAAUAAGCGGGACAAUUCUUUUGCGGUGGCUUGCAGGGAGCGACAUGAUUCUGUCCCAACACAUGAAACCGAUGAGAAUGAGGAGAUUAGAUCAGCAGAGACUAAAGAAAAGGAGACAGAUGGAGGAGGUUAAAAUGAGUCCAACGAGGAAGACAACAGGUGGCGUCCCAGGUGAAGUCACGGAUUUGGAGACUGCCGAUACAGGACCACGACAGAAGAUGUCCAACACAAAAAGUUGUGGAGAGAAACAGCAGCAGUCUGGAAAGAAGAAAAAUUACAGCACCAUACUGGAUGAGAUUUACACAGAAGUCCAUCUUAUAACUUGACACAGAAAUAACAUUUGUGGUUGUGAGUGAAAGAAAAGUUAAAAAAACAAACAAGUAAAAGUCUAUAUUAUCAAAUUUGAUCAUUUUGUCUUCCUUAAGUCUGAUGUUUGAUAUGUUUACAUCGUCAUGUUUAAAUAAACAUGUUUUGAAGAACUUGCAGUAUUUGUCGUUAAAUAAGGAGCCACAAUACUCGAGAAACUUUAAUACAUUUCACUGUAAAUUUCCCCAGCCGUAUGUGAGGAUGUGGGCUCCACCCCCUAUGUCUCCAGAUCCAGGAAACACCCAUGAAGUCAACACAGAAAAUGAUCCCAAAAAAAAAUACAA